AUGGCAAAUGUGUCUUUAAACACAUACAGUUUCUACGACUCCGCCUCAUCAUUUAACGUGAUACUGGCUAUUUUGUACUCGCUGAUCGUCGUUAUAGGUCUUGUAGGGAACUGUUUUGUCAUAACCAUCGUCGGAAAAACAAGAUCAAUGAUUACUCCUACAAACAUCCUACUGGUCAAUGUUGCCUUCACAGAUAUCAUCUCGUUAAUCUGGUGUCCCAUACCUUUGGCUAUUAACUUGUCUGGUAAGCACGUUUCAGGAAGAGCGGCCGACCUCAUCUGCAAGUUUUUCACAGGUUACGCUGCCACUUGUGUGACUGUUUCAGUUACCUAUCAAAGUUUGGUGGUGUUAGCGUUGGAGCGUUAUUAUGCAAUUGUUAAACCCUUUAAACAACCUCUAGUUGCCUCAAACAAGUCCAUGUACUAUGUCGUUGGUACAAUUUGGGUGAUGGCAAUCAUGUUUUCGCUUCCCGGGUUCAUUUUUAGCGAAUAUGACGAACAAAGCAGACGAUGUCUUGAUCCGUGGUUUCUUGAGAAGGCAUGUAAAAUGAAAUGGCUUUCCGUCUUAGCCACUGUUUCGUCAGCAUUUUUUUCUGGUUGCGUAUUCUUUUGCUAUUUUCAAAUUUUAAAAGGAUUAUUUAUCAACAGAACGGUUUGUUCAGCCGAAACAGCCUCUUCUCUGCACGCCGCCAUGAACGAAAAACGAAAACUGGCCAUAACCUCUUUGACUGUUACGCUGACUUAUUAUCUCUGUUACGUCCCCUUUUUAACGUUUGAGAUAUACAUAUCUUUUCAGUCCUAUGCGGCUAUUUUAGAAAACUACGAAGUAUUGUAUAAAGCUUAUAGAAUUGUAGGAUUUAUCAUGUAUGUUAACUCGUGCUUGAAUCCGUUUUUCUAUGGUUUUCAGAGCUCGAGUUAUAGACGACACUUCAAGAGAAUAUUUCUUAAAAUACAACCGAUAGAAGAAAUUAGUAUGUUUUCCAGAUAAACAAUUUCGUUAUACACGAGGUGAUCGAUCUUUUUAAUUUAUGGUUUCCAUGUUUUUUUGUAUUUCCUUCCAAUUUUCCUUUUCAUGUUGAUAUCCUGCCUGUACUAGGUUACUCAUCUGAUGCGGCCAUUUCGUUGGAUAGAAAACUUAGUAUUUAAAAAGUCAAUGAAGCAGUUGAAUGUAGUGAUGGUAGUUGUACAAUGAAAGAACACUGAAAUGGAAAUAAUUAGUGAAUUCGAAGAAAGGUUAUCGAAGCUAUGUUUAUCUUAUGACCAACAUAUAAUAACCAAAGACAUAAUGCCUAAUUUUAUAUUCAGCCCACGUUCUCGCACGAGGGAGACGGCUCACUAAUAAUCAGCUUUUAUGCUGAACGCCGGAUCGAGCUCUUUAAGGAAAUAAAGCAUUAGUCGCAUUAAAGACGGAAGAUGCAUCGUAUAUUUAUCACGAUUAUUAUCUUAGUUAUAGAGACAUCCUCUAUAUUGAUGUUUGAAACCAGAUUUUUGAACAAAUGAGGAUUAAGAACAAAGACGACGUUACUCAGUUUUUGCCAAUUUUAGCCGCAUUCUCUUCGAUUCAUUAAGUGAAUGAUUUUCACAUUUCUCGCAGGUGAAGCUUUGAAAAAGCAUUAGAUGCAUUAUCUUACACUUAAUAAGAAUUAUGGUAGUGCCUCUCUACAACAACCGCGUCGGGCUUUGAUAGUAAAUGGUAAAAUCAAGUCAAGUCAAGUCUCUCUAGUAGUUACUACAUUAAAGCCUUGAAAUGUAAAUUUGUAGGAUAAAAUAUUAAGGAACUUCAUAUCUAGACUUCUUCUCGAGCGAGUCUCCGAUCUUAUCACCUUUUUUGAAACAACGAAUUGGAAAAACAAUUUAUUAUUUAAGGUACGCAGUGCUUGUAGUUUACCGCCUACCAGCUGUUUUUUUUUUUUUUUGCUGUUUCUGUUUCUGUUUAUUAGUUGCUUCGCCCUGGGAUAGCUUAGUUUCGCCUAAUUUAAGUCUCCAACUACUUUCGCACAAUGUCGUAACACCAGGGUAGUAAAAUGCGUGGGAACAAUUUAAUAUUGAAGAAUAAACAGUCAGUUUGACCAACGAGUUUCGCAAGAAUUUCUUUCCUCCAAAAUAGAGAGGACAAGGACAGGACAAGGACAAGUACCUGUGGAGAGAUGAUUUAAAAGGAGGCUAUGUCACCUCGAAGUUUUUCAAAACUCAAACAGUAGUAACUGUCACCAAACUGAGUGAAACGGAAAAAUAUCGCUCAAAACAGUAAACGAAGGUAUAAAUAAUUAACAAGAUAAAAUACGGCAAAUAGGGAAAGCUGAAGGGGAUUAAAGCGGAUCGCAAUUGUGUGUAUUGAAAACUUGUUAACAUUACAGUUUUUCAAAGUUAAUUUAUCGUUGUAACGUUUGAUAUAACGUUAAGAAGGCAUAUUUGAUGGACAAGCAGCAGCUGUAAUUUUGUCAUUGACAAGUAAUUUCUUUGCUAGCGUUAACUUUCAUAGCCGGCGCACAACUCAUGCUCUAUGAAAGUUAACGCUAACAAAGAAAUAUUAGCAAUAAUAAAACUUUAAGAUCCAACGACGCGACGGCAAAGAGAACGUCGCUAAAAUAAUCUAAAAAGUGAAUUUGCAUUCUCUCAGUCUCGAUCGCAAUUAUCCUUAUACCCACUUACUUUGUCAACCAUAUCCAAGUUUAGAAAGAGAAAUAAAAUUUCGUCUUUGCUUGUUUAGGUUCUUCAUAACACGCGGAAAAAGGAAUUUUCAUUCGUGCAAAUACGGCAAAGAAAUCGUUCAAAAAAGUGCAUGUGAUGCUCGUGCGAAGUUGUUGUUUUUGGUUAGUCAACCUACUCUUUUCAGACGUUCUCGUUGCCGUCGCGUCGUUUGACCUUAGGGUCCCUAUUGACAAAAUGAAUUAGACGGCCAUGGUACAGACCGUGUAAUGAGGAAAAACCUUUUUCUGUGCGUAUUUUAUUUUCGACACUAAUUUGGAAAGGCGAUUGACAAAACUAGUUUCGUUCAGCUGAAUAUCAACCGAUGAGUUCUGAGACAAAAUAAAUUUUGUAAAUCGUGCAUAUGCUAGUUUAGUGUGUCGAAAAUACAUCAGGAGUGCAGAAUAACUUUCUUGUUUUCCGUCGAUAACCAAAUCUCUCAGAAAAAAGAUUUAAAGCUAAAAAUGACCAUCCCGUCAAACUUUUGGAAGUCCACGCGAAAGAAACUGGCCAGUUUGAUCAUAAAUUUUGCAUUAGCUUUAAAACCAGCGUUUAUUGUCAGUCCUUUCGACAUGACAGGACAUUUGAACUGCCUCAUAAUCUCGUGUGUGGGAUUUUUCGCCAUAAUUCACGGUCGACCCAAAGGUUGGUUCACUUGUUUUACAAUGUUUUCAGAGUGCUAAGUUUCGUAAGUAGUUUUAAUCCAGAUAUCUAAUGAUCAUUCACCACGCAUCCUAUACGGCGAGCGAUGGCAUAAUCUUGGUGGCACCCCGCUUGAUGAUUGCCCGAAUUUUAAAGGGAUCACCUCAUUAAAUACUAAAAUGAAAUGUAUACAGGCAUCAUCAAAGUAAACCUUUUCACAAGGGUUCAUGUAAACAUGAAUUUUAUAAAGAAAUCGGAGUUUGAUUGCCAUUGGGUAAAAAACGUAAAUAAUUCUUUACAUUAUUUUAAAAAUGCAUAUAUUGAACGCCUUAAGGGCCAGGGAAAUCGAGCUCUUAAUCCUUUACUGAUUUCAGCGGUGAUACAUUAUACUUCAGAUCAACAGAUUUUUCGCUAAGAUUUCCCCAAUUGCCUAUAAUCCGGUAGAUUAAUCGUUGCUCGUGUUGGUAAGUGGGCGUGGCCAGGGCUCCCGCCCCUGUUCGAGUAGUGAACUACAUGUAUGAGAAACAAGAAUGUCACACACAAUGUCUUGGAAACGAAAAGUUGCAUUCAUCUUCGCUUACAUACGAAUAUAUACUUUGAUUGUCCUUAAGUGGCUCAAACGUUACUUUUACUCGGACAUGAGAAUCGUCCGAUUUGACACGAUCUAUCAAGCAUGUCUUCUGUCAGUACGAAAGGAACAGGUGGUGAAAGUCUAUUCAUUUAAAGCACGUCAGGAUUCAGUGUUGCUAUGAGAGCAUCUCUUGGAAAAAACACAUCCCUUUGUCCCAUAAAUCCAAACAGAGUGGAGUAAAAGAAGUGUUGGCCACUUUUUUAGGCUAAGUUUACACGGCACCGGACGAAUUUUCGAUAUGUGGAAAAUUCGUACGUUUAGGUAUUGCGUUCACACGGAACCACGUUAACCUUACGAAAACCGUAGACGUUUAGCCGUUUAAAUUACCAUGCGAAGAGAUCGAAAAUAUCGAACGGUUCCAUGUGGACGAAGUGACCGGUCAUAUUUUCAACCGGUCGAAAACUCAUCCGGUGCGGUGUGAACGGCGGGUUACGCGGUGACUGUGAUUCAACGAAAAUUUUGUCUGGGCUAGAGCAAUUGGUUGCUAAAUACAGAUUGGCCGAACAAAAAGGCCGUUAAAUAGAAAUUCGAAAGCUCCAACAGAAUAGGGCUUCCGGCUUCGCUGAUCGACAACCACAUUUUUGUUUUGAAAAGAGAGUUACUUAAUUAUAGGGAUUUCUGUUCCCUUAUCAUUAUUGUUUUCUCUGUGUUUUUUUUUUUGCUUUCUUUCAACCAAAUGAAAAUAAAUAUUGACUUAUUUCCUUACUUACUUAGGCUCUUAGCCUCAGAUGGAUUAUAGACCAUUGAAAAACUUAUCUCUUCAUCUUCUCUGUUUUGGUUCAUCACCACAAGAUUGGUCGAGUUUGUGUUCCUAACUUCUUCUCGUAUGCCUCUUCUUUAGGUGUUUUUAGGGCGUCCUUUCAGUUUUUCAUUCUCCUGGUAUCCUACCUCGUGAUGUUUUUUGCACGUGUCCUUAGUCAUGGACCUAAGAAAACACUAGCCUGCGUAACAAGCGUUUCGGAGCAAAGAAAGACCAACGGGAUUUUCGGGUUUUGGCCGCGCGAGAAAUGGAACUCGUUUCCAUGUAGUACUAAAUGUGAAUACUUACUUUGGACGGGAAUGAAAUCGGAUCCGGUUUUAAUUGUUUACAAUUUUUGUCGUCUGCGACUGCAUUUGGAAACUGACUUUGUUAUUGUUUUGAUAGAAACUUAUGAUGUGCCAACACUUUAUGAAGGAGAUAUGGCUUUAACUGACGAACAAGUCCUUGCACUGGAAAAAAACAAGAUACGCUCACCCAACUCCUCCCAGGACCAGGAAGCGUACACAAGAGGGGCCAUUGGAAACGCUGCAUACCUCUGGCCAAACGGCAUUAUACCGUUUGUGAUAAGUGAAAAUAUAGGUAACACAUAUAUUCAGAGAAGCUUUUAUGCAAAAAAAAAAUGCCUGUUGAAAACAAAUGAUCCAUGACACUUAUUAGCGAAGAGACUUGUUAGGUUGCGGUUUUUAUAAGGACUCGAGAUCGCCAGACUAUUUGGUGCAACCCUGUACCCGUUUUAGGCCCCAGUGGUUAGUCAUGUACCCAAUUGAGGAGCAAAAGGGAUAAAAAUAAACGGUCAUACCCACUGGUACCACAUGUACCUAUAUGGCAUAUAUAAGAAUUAUCCCAACUUCUUUUUCUUAAAACCCGUAAGUACAUUUAAAAAUAAGAUAUUUUAAGCAAGGAUAAACAUACGCAGUACUGUGUAGUUGUCGUUCAGUAAAGCAAAUCUCUAUCAUGGAUCGCACACAGAGCAAGUUUAGUGAAUUUCAGUUCAACAGUGGGAUUGUCACUGUUCUUGUUCCUUAUUUGCUUUAUUUUUGCAUAGAUGCUGACGGACGGCAACUGAUAAGAAACUCUAUGAAGGACUGGGAAAAACAUGUGUGUGUCAAAUUUAAGGCGAGAGACAAAGAAAAGGGAUACAUACAGUUCGUUUAUAAGCGAGGGUAGGUGCAUAAGUAAUCGAUGCUGAUUCAUGUUUUAGUCGGGAAUUAAGUCAAAAGUAUCGAAAACCAUCUAAACUCAAGGACUCUUAAAUACCCAACUGUUUUGGUUCCAACGAUCUUUAAACGCCGGGAAAGAUUGUUCAAUGGCAGGGAGUCCCGACGACCUUUUAACAAAACCUUUGAUAAGUACUGUGAACUUUUGUCAAGAUUAGACGAUCAAAUUAUAUGAAAAUGAUACAAAAGUGCUUUUUAGUUGUUGUUUUUUUUAAUAUCGAAACUUCGAUCUGGUUAGUUCAAUUUCUUGGUUAACAGGCUUCGGAGUGCCCGGUAGGUGUCGGCUCGAUUCUCGGCCUGGCCAACACGCAGUGUCUUAAAAUAACUUCAAGGAGAAUGUGUUACCUCUCCCCUGACAUCUGCCGAUGGUCAGAUGUUUUGAUAUUUUCGGCUAACGAAGGGAAACCUGUUUUGAUGACAUAUUCACUGAUUUGAUUAUGUGUGAAGUAAAAGAACUACCAGAGACCUAUCAACCUCUGACCACCCUUGUAGUGUGUAUCUUUUAUAGCUUGUGUAGUUUGAUAUGGAGGAACGAACGGGACCCACAAAAAUAUGCCAGGGGUAUCCUCCCAACAUUGGUAGGUCUGCCAGUGUCCAGUAAAGUUCAAGAGGAGAACAAAUCAGUGACUCUUUUUUUGUGUGAAGGUGUUGGUCGUAUGUGGGAUAUGGCGGCAGGCGACAAGAAUUGUCUAUAGGACGCUUUACUCGGUGAGUUAUGCUGAGAAGUUAGAGGGGCGGAUCCAGAAAGUUUAGAAAGAAGUGACCGGGAAACCUGCCAGCUAUAUAGAUACUUUUUACCUUACUGAGAAUUCUUUAGAAAUAAUAAAUAAAAAAAAUCUCAUAAAUAGGGGAGCCCCGGUCCCUUCGGCCCCAACCCUAAAUCCGCCCGCGGGAACAGACAAGUAAAUACGUAGAAAAGAGGAAUGAGAAAGGUAGGUUUUAGUUACGUUCUAAGGUUAACGCUACGGAGCUUAAGCAGAGAUCAAGAACACGGCAACGAGAACGGCAAAAAAGCAAUAGGUAAGCAAUACAUCAACUUGGCACGGGCAUCACCCUUUUUGUGCGUAUACAUUUCUCUGCUGGGUGGUAUUAUAAAAAUUAAUUAUAUCGUAUAUAACUGUAUGCAUAGUUGUGUCUAAAUACUUCACUAUUCCUACAAAAGAGUACAAAAAUAGACCAAACUAACAAAGUAAAUUCUAAGUGACAUGGUUGUUUAUUUCUUGAAGGGAUCCUCCUUGUGAACAAGGAGCCAUAACUCAUGAGCUUGGCCACGCCCUCGGGUUCUAUCACGAGCACACACGACCUGACAGAGACAAGUACGUUAAAAUUCUCUGGGAAAAUAUACGGCCAGGUGCGUGUAAUUGUAUAUUAUUCUCCCUCUUUUUUCUCUCUUAAUUAGUUUGAUAAAAACCAAAUCGAAUGAAUGUCACUAUAAUUAUGUUAAACGCACAAUUACUCUUUCGCUCGAUUGUUGAGACUACUUAUAUUAUCUGAAGAAGCUGACAACGUUGUAGAACUGGAGCUGUUGGGAGCCAUGUUUAAUUUUUGCUAAUUUGUAACCAGGCGUGGUCGUAAAAUUUGGUAUCCCGGCUGCUGAUUCAUAUAGAAAUCCUCUGGUUUGCAAUUUUUUUUUCCAAAGAAAAAGAGACAAAGAAACUAGUUUGGUACCUUGGCGGCGACUGUGAGAAGGUUUUUUCACAGAAAGAGUCAGUGCCAAUGAAUCCCUAACCACAACUAAUGGCGGCUAUCAAACAACGUUUAUAGAAAUUUUAAUUCAACUUUUCAAUUGCUACUGUUUAUCAUCUGGUGCAAAAUACUUCUGAAAAGAGAUUAUAAUGACGGAAUCCACCAGGAAUUUGAGUAAUUUUAAUUGUCAGUGGACAAAAAUCUUGUACCAGAAUAAUUUAAAGCAUAUUGCAUUCUUUUUUAGAUUUUUUAACUGCUGAAGAUGUAAUUAGUCAUCUGUAAUAACACCAAAGAAAAUUUGUUUUGGGAGCCCGAGAAAAGGAAUGUCAAAUUUUACAAAAUUACAUCUCACACUUGAAGUUUUCGGACUUUUACCUAUUUUUUUCACAAUUCUUGUGAAAUUUGACAUUCAUUUUCUCUGACUCCCAUGAGAAAUUUUCAUUGGUGUUAUUACAGAUGACUAAUUUCAUCUUUAGCCCUUGAAAAAUGUAAAAAAAGUGCAUUAUUCUUUAAAUUAUCCUGGUACAAGGUUUUUGUCCGCUGAAAAUUAAAAUUACUCAAUUUCUGGUGAAUUCUGUAAAUACUCUUACUUUGGCAACGUAGAUGCAAAUUGAAGAAAAUCUUCCAUUAUAUACGCUAAUUCGCUUAAAAAAAGAAAUUAAUCUAACUAAAUUAAACCCACGAUCUCUUUAAUUUAAGGUAAAGAGGUACGGAACAAUUUCGAAAAACAGCCAGACGGCGUGAUUGACAGUCGAGGAGUAGAAUACGACUUUGGGUCACUCAUGCACUACUCAAAAUUUCAGGGAAAUAACCGGCCUGGAGUCGAGACAAUCGUGCCCAAGGACCCAUCAGUGGAUACUGGACAGCGAAAAGGCCCAAGUAAACUGGACGUUAAACAAGCCCGACUUAUGUACAAAUGUGGUGAGUAA